GGAGAGGAGAGGGGGGAGUGAUGAGUCAAUACAACUAAUAAUUUAAUGGGGACAGAGAGGGAGAGACGGAGUGAGAGGGGGAGAGACAGAGAGGGAGAUAGAAAGAAAGAGGAGCUCCGUCCGGACGCCAAUCCCCAACCAACAGGACACCUCCUACUAUUACUAUCGCAGGCAGCUCUCCUAUGCGUCCACAGCAAGCCUUAUUUAUCCUCGACAUCGGAAAGUAGACCGCACUUUUUGACCCCCCUCUCCUUGUUUUAUUUUGCGGACCUGUUUCUCGACUGUCCGCAUAUCGUCUCCACAUCGCCUCGAUAGGAAGAUCUCACUGUCGGUUAUUAUUAUUAUUAUUAUUUUUUCUCUCAUUCUCUCUGCCGGUAGUCAAAUCUAGCUAAACCGACGUUAAGCUAUUUUUGUGUACGUUGGUCCCUCCGUGAACAUACACAGCGAGGGUUUAUUGGGUCUCGGCGGCGGUUAUUAUCAUUACAACUGUGCCCGAGGUGCUGGGGUUCAUACUGGCGACGGCUAACUGUACUGUACGGCUGCCUGCCUGCCUGCCGAUGGAGCGAUUUGGAUGUUGUGGUGCGAACUAAAGCAGAAGUCGCCUUCACUUGUAACCGAUGGACGCGGCUAACCGCUCACUUUGUGCUAAAUGUCGCCGGUUCUAACGGUUUCGGUUGCCGUUCUUUUCCUCCAGUUGGACGGAAUUAGCUAACGAUAGGGCUAAACGGACACCACACACACACACACACACACACACACACACACACACACACACACACACACAUAUAUAUAUAUAUAUACACACACACACACUCUCACACACACAUAACCGCUUACCAAUGUUCGCCUAUCACGGUCCAUCUCGACCUCGUCGUCUCUGCCACAGACCUGGGUUGUUGUUUUUUCGCACCGCCUGUCAGUCCUCUGCGAAGAAGAGCAGGAGAAAGCGUCUGUUUAAGCACUGAUUUUUUUUUUUAAAUUAUUUUUUUUUUUAUUUUUUUUUAAAGAUAACCGUUUGCUGUCAUGCACACGUAAAGAGAGAGGGAGACGCUGAGAGAGAUAAGGAGAGAGAAACCGGGAGUUGUUUUGGGGGUUCUUUCCUUUUUCCCCCCCCUUUUCUAUCCUGGCCAAACUUGAAGAAGACGCGUUUUCCAGGCGGCGUUAUAUGCUCCCCAGUGCUGAAGUGCUGCGUUUCAGGUGAUAGUGAGCAGAGGUGCUGAGAAUGAUGGACCAUCUCAGCGAGGCGUGUUUAGGCAAGGAGAACUCUGAGCUGGUCAACAGCAUGGGGGAGGCCAAGGCCCCGCCUGCCAAGCUGCCCCGGCUCGAGCAGAACGGCAGCCCCCUGGGCCGGGUCAGGCUGGGCAGCACCGGGGCCAAACUAGCCGGGGUUCCUUACAAACCCACCGGCCACCUGCUAAAGACCUGUCACAAGAGAGGCAACAUGCUGCCUGUGUUCUGUGUGGUCGAGCACUAUGAGAAUCCCAUGGAUUUUGAUAGCAAGGAGGAGCAUGCCGAGUUCGUCCUGGUGCGUAAGGACAUGCUCUUCAACCAGCUCAUCGAGAUGGCCCUGCUGUCACUGGGCUACUCCCACAGCUCAGCGGCCCAGGCCAAAGGCAUGAUUCAGGUGGGGAAGUGGAACCCCGUGCCCCUGUCAUACGUGACAGACGCACCGGAUGCUACAGUGGCUGACAUGCUGCAGGACGUCUACCACGUUGUCACGCUUAAGAUCCAGCUGCACAGUUGUCCUAAGCUGGAGGACCUGCCACCCGAGCAAUGGAGCCACUCUACAGUAAGAAACGCCCUCAAGGAGUUACUCAAAGACAUGAAUCAGAGCUCUCUGGCUAAAGAAUGUCCCUUAUCACAGAGUAUGAUUUCCUCCAUUGUGAACAGCACUUACUAUGCAAAUGUGUCGGCGGCGAAGUGUCAGGAAUUUGGGCGCUGGUAUAAACAUUUCAAGAAGACAAAAGAUAUGAUGGGCAUGCGCCAACCCUCCCAGCUGGAGGGCUACCUGGGGACGUGUGUCCUCCGUGAGAGCCCGCGUGCCAAUGCACUAGAGAUGGAUGGCCUGUCUGACCUCUCUCCACCCGGCUCUAACCACAACCACAACCACAACCACCUGGGCUUCUCCCAGCAGCAGCAGCCCAUCCCCGGCAGCACAGCAGAGCAGACUCCUUCCUCACCAGUGCCCCCGCUGUCUCACGCUCCACCAUCACAUGGUGGCCAGACUGGCGGCCGACAGCCCCAGCUUCCCGGUCUACACCACCCAGGCCUGGUGUCCACGCCCAUCAGUCCCCAGCUGGUCAACCAGCAGCUUGUGAUGGCUCAGAUCCUGAACCAGCAGUAUGCAGUGAACCGGCUGCUGGCGCAGCAGUCCCUGUCGCAGCAGUACCUCAACCACCCACCUGUUAGCCGCAGCUCCCACAACAAGCCCCUGGAGCCACAGGUGGCAUCAAACACAGAGGUGUCCUCAGAGAUUUACCAGUGGGUGAGGGAUGAGCUGAAGCGGGCCGGCAUCUCACAGGCUGUCUUCGCCCGUGUGGCCUUCAACAGAACCCAGGGCUUGCUGUCUGAGAUUCUACGUAAAGAGGAAGACCCUAAAACAGCGUCCCAGUCGCUGCUGGUCAACCUGCGUGCCAUGCAGAACUUCCUGCAGCUGCCGGAGGCUGAGCGCGAUCGCAUCUAUCAGGAGGAGAGGGAGCGCAGCCUGACGGCAGCCUCAGCAAUGGGCACCGCUCCGCUCAUCAGCACUCCACCCAGCCGACCUGUACAGCCCCGGAGGGAAGACUGUAACAGCGUAAGGCCCGAGGACUGGAAUCCCCGAAUCCCCGUGGGCAUUUCCCCUGUGAAACCAUCGCCUCUUCCCAGCGAGUGGAACGGCAAAACUGAGAGCUGCAUCCUCAACAUCAACUCCAACAUCUACGAUGAGAUCCAGCAAGAGAUGAAGAGGGCCAAAGUUUCCCAGGCCCUGUUCGCAAAGGUGGCUGCCUCCAAGAGCCAGGGCUGGCUCUGUGAGCUGCUGCGUUGGAAGGAGGAUCCCUCUCCAGAGAACCGGACGCUCUGGGAGAACCUCUCCAUGAUCCGCCGCUUCCUGAGCCUCUCCCAGGUGGAACGCGACGCCAUCUACGAGCAGGAGAGCAGCGCCGGGCAACAGCACCACAACGAGCGGCCGACGCACUUGAUGCACAUCUCCAGUGACCAGCUGCAGGCUCAGCCACCCCAGUCGCAGCAGCACCAACCCUCCCUGUCCCUUCAGCACCCCUCCCAACCCCUUUUGUCCCAGCAGCCCUUGCAGCAACAGCAGCCCACCACAGGCCCUCGAUUACCGCCUCGCCAGCCCUCCACCGCCUCUCCAGCAGAGACAGAGGACGAGGGCAGCCGCGGAGGGAGCAUCAAGUCCCGUACCUGCGGAGGGAAGAUCUCCCUGGAGGCUCUGGGUAUCCUGCAGAGCUUCAUUCAGGACGUAGGCCUGUACCCCGAUGAGGAGGCCAUUCACACUCUGUCGGCCCAGCUGGACCUGCCCAAGCUCACCAUCAUUAAGUUCUUCCAGAACCAGCGCUUCUACGUAAAUCACUCAGCCAAGGCGCUCAAGGAGCCCAAUAACAACAACACCGCAGCCACCACUAACACCACCAGCAGCAGCAGCAGCUCGGCCUUCGAGGAGGAGCUGACGGACUUCAGGGAGAGCGGAGAGCUGCUGAAGGAGCUGGACGAGAGCACGCAGACCAAUAGCACCAUCUUCUCCAUCAAGAUUGAAGAGCAGCUGGGCCGAGGCGCAGAGGCCCAGUCAGAGUUAGAACACGAGGCAAAGGAGUAGGACUCUCCCCAUCUGAACAUAUACUGAGAGUUUUCUUGUGCACACACACAGACUGAUGACUGUGCUAAAUGUAACACUUCGGCCGACACAGAACCACCACACCGCAAAUCAAGAAAAGUAGUGUUUUUAAUCAAUACAGCGCCUGGACUAUAUGAGGAGUGUUGUUUGUUUUUAUAUAUAUAUAUAUAUAUAUAUAUAUAUAUAUAAUAUAAAAUCAGUUGCAGACUGACAGGCUCUGUGAAGUGAGUGUUCUCACCAGAAAGACCAUUUCAGACUCAAGUACUACUUUUUGGAUUUUGUAAAACUUGUAUUAUUAUACACUGUAAAGACUGAUGCAUCAUUUAAAUAAUCUGCACAAAAAAUUAUUAUAAGUAUGUUGCCGUGGGUAUUUGCUGACUGCACUCUGUCUGUUGUUUUACACUGACUUACUUUAUCUUUUUGAGCUACUGAUUAUAUUUAAAAAGAAAAAAGUCUCCCUGGAGUUUGCUAGGACUUUGAUAGGUGUUUACGUAUGUGAUGUUUAACUGGAUUUAAAAAAAAAAAACAAAAAAAAAAAUUGAAAUCACAGACCAAGUGGUUGACAAGGCCUUAAUUAUGAGGUAUCGAGUCUGGAGCCUGCUGGCAGAUUAGUUAUUCUUUUAAAAAGCGCAUAAUGUGAUUAUGGAUCACUCUACACUCUGGAACGCGAUCACCCAGCCCAGGUGAAUCUCCGAGAAUAGCUCAGUCUUUACAUAUUAUUUGUUAGGGAGGAAAUAUAAAUAUAUAUAUAUAGACAUUAUAUUGUAACUGUAAAAAAAAAAAUACAGUCUUAAAGAAACUAUGCCAACAAAUGCCUUGUACUAUACGGCACUGCCGAUGUUACAUUAUUUUGCAAAACCUUUGUCACUGUAACUUUCUGAAUUGCCACACAGUUAGAAAUGUGAAUUACACCAUGUUUAUGUUGUCUGACAUUAUUUAUUUGCAGAUCAUGCAGUGUUUCUGAUGUAAUUACUUUUUUAAAAAGUUUAUGUUACGUAGAGCUUUUUUAAAAUUCCACCAAUCUAUUUUCUAUUUAUAAAUGUAAUUUCGAUGGGCAGUAAAAACAAAAAGUGUCUUAAACGUUUUAAAUGGAGAAAUGUGCUUUAAAGGUUGCCUAUAAAAAGUGCUGUAUGUCAACCAACUCAUGCUACAAGCUUCACAAUUAAUGUUGUAUGCAAUUUUUACUAUCAUGCAAAUAAGCUUAGGUAAAAUGACUAACCUAUAGAACACCUUAGAAAGAAAAACAUAUGCAAUCUGUGUGAAAAUCGAUGUCUGCGAUGUGUCUUCCUUUGGUUAACAAUCCAAUUCAAAAAGCUAUUCCUGUAUAAAUAUUCUGUAUAAAAGUGUUUCUUUUUUAUGAGUUUAUUUCAAUGAGAACACCAGUUAUUUUGUUACGACUGACUGUUUUAUAAGUGUUUCUCGGUUCCUUUCAGCAGAAAUGUUCUAACUAGAAGUGGUUAUUGAUUGUUAAUUACACAAUUAAACUGUUUGUAUUGUACCACAGAUUUCUUGGCAUUAACUUGACCAGAGUCUUUCGACACCAGAGUGGGUUUUUCUCCUCUGCCAACGAAAGAUGAAACAAUGUGAAUUGUUUUUAAAUCUACUGCUAAGAGAUAUCGAUUCCAGUGACUGACUCAUUCAGCUGCAGUCAGUGAACACGUUAUUUGUAAUAACUGUAAAUAUCACAUCUCGUGAAUCAUUGAUUGUUUAUUAUUGUAAAUAUAUUUGAAGUUUGUGCAAGAGCUCACCAUACAAAAUUUAAAUCAACGUUCUGUCGUGCCUCUUCCUCUCAAACCGACUGUACCUGGGCUCUUCUACUGCUGAGUGUAUCUGAAGCACCUGUGAAAUCUGAAAUAAAUAAAUGUUAGGUGUGAACGCCUGUAAUAGCAAAGCCCUCUGCAGGGAGUUAAGAUAUAAAACAGCACAGGUGUCCUGACCUCGCCGUGAACCCCAGGUGAGGCCAGGUGUCUGCACCUUUAGGAAAUUACCCUCACCUGUUAACACCCUGCGAUAUGUGCCAGCCAGCCUGGGCCGGCGUUCCCUUGAUGUUCUGCUCUUUUUUUCAUGAAUAAAAAGCCAGAGUGUAA